AAUUCAUCUCAGCUCCAUCUCGCCACCAACAAUUGCGACCCAUUCUGGCUCGACACGACAGCCAUCUAAACUUCUCCUUUGCUGCUCUUAUACAAACGCCACUCGGAAGCCCUCGGCGCCAUCACCAUGUCCCUUGCUGGGGCGCCACCACUGGCGCUGCACAUACAGCCCGCGUGCCUCGAGCACAAAUACAUUCGUCACAAGGACGCGAGCCACAUUUUUGAGCGUCCAGAGCGUCUCCGCGCCGUGCUUCUCGGCUUCGCGGCUGCUCUCGCGCGCCUCGAGGCAAUUGAUGGCUCCAAGCCUGAUGCGGACGACUUGAGCGCUCUCCUCGGUUCGCUGUCGCUGUCUUUCCUCCCGCCAACACACCUCUCCGUUGUGCCCCCGCCCCCACCUCCCUCUCAGCCCGGACGAGUCCUACUGCAUCACCCCGCACUGCAGCUUGCGCACUCUCCUCCCAUCGAAGCGCCAUUCCCAUAUCUUCCUAAUGGCGGAGGGGCGAUGCCGCAGAGCGCGUACCUCAAGGACUUGUUCAAGUGGGCGAGCGAGGCCCUUGAAACCAUCCGCACCACUGGCUGCGAGAUCCCUACCGACAAGGGCUUGAAUGCGGGCGACCUCUACCUCGGUCCCGGGAGCGUGGUUGCUAUUGAGGGUGCAAUACAGACCGUCUGCCAGGCAGUAGAUGGCGUGUGCUCGCCGGAGGAUGGUCUGAACAACCCCAGCAAAGCAUUCUGCGCUAUUCGCCCUCCAGGUCAUCACUGUGGCGAGGAUGAGCCGAGCGGAUUCUGCUACGUCAACAAUGUUGUGGUCGGCGCCAUGCAUGCCUAUCUUCAGCACGACGUUGACCGCGCGAUUAUCAUUGACUUUGACCUCCAUCACGGGAACGGGACACAGGCGCUUGUCAUGCCUUUGAAUGCAGCAUCAUAUUCGGAAGACCUCGCCGUGGCAGCGGGCAAGCCGCCCUCGGACAUGCGCGGACGCUCCGGGCGGAGAAGGACGUGGAAGGGCUUCUACGGAUCCGUGCACGAUAUUUACUCGUAUCCCUGCGAGGACGGCGAUCUCGACUUGAUUCGCGAUGCAAGUGUAAACCUCGCUGCGCACGGACAGUACAUCGAGAACAUACACCUGCAGCCGUACGAGGAUGAGGCAGACUUUUACAAGCGCAUCUACCCGCUGUAUCUCGCGCUACUGGACAAAGCUCGUGUUUUCAUGCGCGAAACUCAGGCCGAUCCGGCAAAGACCGUGUUGUUCAUCUCCGCCGGGUUCGAUGCAUGUGAGCACGAGCACCAAGGAAUGCAGCGGCACGAUCGCCGCGUCCCGGCCUCCUUCUAUACGCGGUAUACGCGCGACAUCGCCGCCUUCGCUGACGCGCACACGGACGGCAAAGUCAUCUCCGUCCUGGAGGGCGGCUACAGCGAUCGUGCUCUCACCAGCGCAGCGCUAGGGCAUGCUGUGGGUCUAAUGGGGCGUGAGGGCUUGCCAGAGUGGUGUAGCGUGGAUGAGCUUGUCCUCCUCGAGCGCGCAGUCAAGAAGCGGCGCAAGGGCAAGCUGUGCUCCCUCCCGCCCGACCUGGCGGCGAUGCCCCACAUUGCGCGCACGCACGCAAUCCUCGCGCAUUGGGAAGGGGCCGGAACACCAGCACCCAGCGUUGCGCCAAGUGCAGCGCCAAGUGCGAACGCCACGCCCAGCGGGCGCAUGACGCUGCGCGAGCGCCGGCCGAAGGAGUAUAAGGAGGAGGACAGUCCGCUUCCCGCCCCGAGGCGCAGACAACCAAAAUCCAACGCUGCAACGCCCAAAGCCAAGACGGAGCGGGAGUCGUCGCCCACGCCGAUGCCGACGUCUGGUCCCAGUGCUGCAGCACAGCCCUUGACUAUGACGCCUGCUGCGGCCGCAUAUCCCUCGCCCGCGCCCUCCGCCCCGUCACCGGACGAGGAUAAGCCGGGACUGAAAGAUCUCACAGUAAAAGAUCCGCCCUCGCCCUCUGCACCAACGCAGCCCUCAGCCGCAACGCAAAACACCCUCCUUCCAAACCCGCCUCAUAUCGUGCUUCGCAUCCCCGCUCGCACACCUGAGCCGCCAGAGUCGCAGGAGCGCGCACCAGUCUUGCGCAUCCCCGCUCGCACCCCGCCUCCUCCCCACGCCGCGCCCCCUCCGGCCCACCCCGCGCCUGCUCUCUCCCGUCCCGCUCCCCCGCCGUUGUAUCAAGUACGCCCGGCGCCACCACCUUCCGCACCGCCGCAGCCGCCAUCCGGCAGUUUCCGCGCCAUCGCACCACAAGCAGUCAGCCUCCCGCCCAUGAAUCCAGGCAUGGCCAAAUCUCCAGAAUCUCGUAUCUCCCCCGUAAUCUACGCACAACAGCCCUUGCCAUACUCGCAGACGACAUACUCGCAGACCCCAUACCCGCCCGCGUACGCCCCCACUUUCGGCCACCCCAGUAUGCCGGGCCACGGCACCCAGAGCACGCGCAUACCGCACAACACCAGUUUCGCGCCCUACCCCGCCCUCACAGAGCGCGACGGCAUUCCGCCACCGCAGCGCGGUGUCCCGCCACAGUGGGGCACACCAGGGGCCGGGAGCAGCGAGCGGGGUGCGUAGACAUUCCAGCGCGGCCACUCGCACACGCUACGAGUUCCCGCUCUCGGGCCGCGGGAGCCGUGCCUCAUAUCAGACAUGUACUCUGGUAUCGACACGUCAAACACACAGCGGCACGCAUGUUCCCCGGUGCCCCUCGGCGUCGGUGCCUUGAUCGGAAAUGCGGACCCCGAAUUCGCCGGAGCCGUGGGCCUGGAUGACUAGAAGUGCGUGCCAUUCUUGUGUGCCAGUUUUCGCGUCACUUUGCGACUGUUGCCAAGGAACUCCAUGGGGCACAGUGUUUAGCGCUCUCCGGGCCGCGAGCGGUGUCAGUUCGACGCGUCUAGUGCGGCGCAGUGCGUUGGACUGAUGCAUGGAAUGUUACAGUUACAGUGGGUCUAUGCAGUGGGGUCAUGCGAUCGUGAGACACUAUUGUCCAGAGCCAGCGCACACGUGUUUGCGAGUGCGGCCGGCAGUCGUAUUGGGUUGUUUGCAGAGUAUUGUCC